GGUUUUCACCUCCUUUCAUCUUUCUGGGGUGACCGUAAGUGGGAGUGACGUCAUGGGCCCCCUGGAGCCUCUCCGCGGCCUUUGGAGGGUUGAGGGCAGUUUUCUGCCGAGGAGGGCAGGGCUUCAGUGCCCGGGGCCGCUUGGGCGGUCCCUGGGACAGAAGGAAUCCUCUGACCCGAGUGAGGGUCUUGAAGUCACGGCGUCAUGCCCCCCUCGCCGGCCGAGGUCGUGCUGGCUCCUUAAUUCCGGUGCUUGACGUCAUCGUCAUCGCGGUCGACUUCGUGGCAGAAGCGGGACCCUGCCCAGUGACCCUAGGACCCCUACCAUGGAAGAGACAGUAGAAGAUCCCCCCACAUCAGCUGUCUUGCUGGACCACUGUCAUUUCUCUCAGGUCAUCUUUAACAGUGUGGAGAAGUUCUACAUCCCUGGGGGGGACAUCACGUGCUAUUACACCCUCACCCAACAUUUCAUUCCCCGUCGAAAGGAUUGGAUUGGCAUCUUUAGAGUUGGAUGGAAGACAACCCGCGAGUACUACACCUUCAUGUGGGUUACUUUGCCUGUCGACCUAAACAGUGAAUCAGCCAAACAGCAGGAAGUCCAGUUCAAAGCUUAUUACCUGCCCAAGGAUGACGAGUAUUACCAGUUCUGCUAUGUGGAUCAGGAUGGUGUGGUCCGGGGAGCAAGUAUCCCUUUCCAGUUCCGUCCAGAAAAUGAAGAGGACAUCCUGGUUGUUACCACUCAGGGUGAGGUGGAAGAAAUUGAGCAGCACAACAAGGAGCUUUGCAAAGAAAACCGGGAGCUGAAGGACAGCUGUGUCAGCCUCCAGAAGCAAAACUCAGACAUGCAGGCCACGCUCCAAAAGAAGCAGGAGGAGCUGGAAACCCUGAAAAGCAUCAAUAAGAAGUUGGAACAGACAAUGAAAGAACAGAAGGACUGUUGGGAGAUAGAGCUGCUUCAACUAAAAGAACAAAACCAGAAGAUGUCCUCAGAAAAUGAGAAGAUGGGAGUCAGGGUGGAUCAGCUUCAGGCUCAGCUGUCAAAUCAAGGAAAAGAAAUGGAGAAGCUUGUUCAGGGAGUUCAAGAUAAGACGGAGCAGCUGGAGCACCUGAAAGAGGAAAAUGGCCAGCUCUUUCUCAGUUUAACUGAACAGAGGGAGCACCAGAAGAAGCUUGAGCAGACAGUGAAGGAGAUGAAGCAGAGAGAAACUACUGCAGCGAAGAAACAACAGGAGUUAAUGGACCAGAACAUGGACCUGUCAAAAAGACUGAGUGAGAACAAGAUGAUAUAUAAUGUUCUACAGAGAGAGAAAGAGAAAAUGGAAGAAGAAAAUGAUUUUUUGAAGAGAGAGAACAGCAGACUGCUGAGUUACAUGGGUCUGGACUGUGACUCUUUGUCAUAUCAAGUGCCCACUUCGAAUCAAGGAGGUACAAGACAAGACCCAGGACUUGUCUUUGGAAACCCAUAUUCUGGUAUCCAAGAAAGUUCUGCCCCAAGCCUGCUCUCCAUCAAGAAAUGCCCCACCUGCAAAUCAGACUUUCCUGAUGAUGUUUUUGAUCACAACUUGGCCUUGGAGCAGCACCUGCAGACCCUUAGUUUGAGUUGUCCAAUAUGUGACAAGACCUUCUCAGCAAAAGAGAAGCAGAUCUUUGAAGACCAUCUAUUCUGCCACACUCUCUAAGUGUCCCAGCCUCUUGGAUCUAUACUGUACAUGUAUUUUAUACAGUAGAACCUAUAGCUUCUUCUAUGAGUUAUGACCUAAGAUCCUGCCUAACCUCAGUUAUUAGGAAUUUACUUAGUCCUACUGCCCUAUAGGUGGAGUCAUGUCAAUUAUCUGAAGCAUAGUGUUAAGGGCUAUUACUUCCAUCCUUGUGAGUUACAACCUUUUAAGUCACCUAACUCCAGCUAUAUCAGCCUCUCACUUAAAAUGCCUAGUCUUCUGAGGGUCUGUAGCAUAAAGGCCCUGCCUGCAACAGAGCUGACCUGGCUCUUCACAGCCAGCCUGACUCAAGUGAGUAGUUUCCCAGGUUGUCCCACUGUUGUCCAAGGUCAGACCUUGAGUAUGUUUGUACUUAGUCCUCACUCCUGACCCUGGGACUGGCGACUGAUCUGGAAUUGAGAAUUUCUUCCUCCUCAGGCCUAGCCCAAAAUGGCAUGGCAGAGAACCCAAACAUCCAAUUUGGAUACCAAAGUUUUCUCACCUUGAUUUCAUAGCUCCCAAUAGAAGCAUUCCUGAAUCAUGGACAUGAAACAUUAUUUAAAUCACAGAAAGUCUUCUUUCUCUUUGUGUUAUACCUCUGAAUGACAUUUUUCUACUCUGGUUUUUCAUGUGCACAUAACUUUUAUUGUUAUAAGUCCUUUCUUAAUGGUUAGUGGGACUUGGUAGAAACUGUAUGGGUUUGCAACUUUCUGAGCAAGUGAGUUUGAAAAAGGAUAAGUCAAAAUAAUGAGAACUAUUGUUAGUCACAUUAAUACUAAAAAUAAACUAGUCCUCUACUUCAGGGACUUUGGUAAUUUAAAAUAAA